GCUAUGAAUAAUUAUGUUUUUUAGUUAUUAACAGACCUGUGUUCUUGUAUCGAUAUUGCAUUACAUGGACGCUAGUAUAAACUUGUUUCUGUCGGAGGAGCAAAUCCAAUAGUGUUCUAACUCAUUCUGUAAAUAUAAUUUAAAAAUUUGGAUCCUAUGGACUUGGGAGUUUCAUCUCCGAGCUUCCAAAUUAUCCGCAUUCCUUAUUUGAUACUUCAUCAUUAAACGUACUUUCUAUCUCUAAAAGUACAAUAUACAAUGUAAUGUAGUGAUGCUGAGAAAAGUAUUUUUGUGUCAUCAUCCAAUAUGUUUACUUCAUAGAUUAUUACUGUAUGUCAAGACGCUUAGAUCUUUUGUGCCGUGAUAUUUUUCCCAGGCUCUUGAUAAUUGGGAAUGGCAUUAGAAACGGAGCAGGAUGCAUAUUUAACAUAGAGCCUGCAUAGAAUUUGGGCGAAGGGCACAAAGACCCAGUAGCAAAUGCAGACCUUUAAUGUUGGGAGUCUCAUCGUUCUGUUUUUACUUUCGGUGGCUGAAAUUUCCAUCCAAGAUGAUUUCAAGGGAGAAACCUUUCUUUCCAGAAUGACAAUAGUGUCAAGAUAUAAAGUUGAAAGAAAUAUAUAGUGGAAAUGGGUCGAUCACCAUGCUGUGACAAGCUUGGACUAAAGAAAGGGCCAUGGACACCGGAGGAAGAUCAGAAACUACUAGCUUACAUUGAAGAACAUGGCCAUGGUAGCUGGAGAGCCUUGCCUAGCAAAGCAGGGCUUCAGAGAUGUGGGAAGAGUUGCAGACUGAGAUGGACAAAUUAUCUUAGACCUGAUAUUAAGAGAGGAAAAUUCAGUUUGCAGGAAGAACAAACUAUUAUUCAACUCCAUGCUCUCUUAGGGAACAGGUGGUCUGCUAUAGCAACUCACUUGGCGAAUCGAACUGAUAAUGAAAUCAAGAACUACUGGAAUACUCAUCUUAAAAAAAGGCUAACUAAAAUGGGGAUUGAUCCGGUCACACACAAGCCUAUAAAUGAUUCAAUCUUGUCUAGCAAUAAAGGCACCUCUAAGAACACUGCUAAUCUUAGCCACAUAACUCAAUGGGAGAGUGCCCGCCUCGAGGCCGAGGCAAGAUUAGUCAGACAAUCAAGACUACGUUCUUCAUCUGAACUCAAGUCACAGGAAUUUCCUCUCUCGCCUUUGAUUCCCGUCAGCAAGCUGGCAAUGCCACCUAUGCCAUCACUGCCAACCCUUGACAAACUAAAAACACUAAAUGGUAUUUGGAGUAAGCCUGUCUCUGCAGCCGGCAGUAGCUGUGGCAGUGAAGUAGAGUCCCCAAAGUCCAUUGUAAAUUAUUCUGGCACCGGAAUGGGGGAGAGCUCGACCUCGUUUGUGGAGCUAAUGAGGAACUCCUCAGGCUCCUGUGAAGAUGGAAUCAUGAAAGAUGGCACGGAAGAAGAGUGGGGCGGACUAAGAAGUCUCAUUAAUCCCAUGGAUACAUGGUCAAGUGAGUCCCUUAGAUUAGGCUAUGAUAAUGUGCAUGUUAGCAGUGAGAAUUUUGGGGACAAGUUUACGGAUCUUUUGACGAAUAAUUAUAACUCUGGUGACUGGAGUUACUUUGAGGGCAACGGAGAAUCAGAUAACGGUGGUGAUGAGACUAACAAGAACUACUGGACUAGUGUUCUAGACAUGGUGGUCACGUCGCCUUCACAUAAUAUGGUGAAUUCUUGUGCAUCAGAUUCACCAGUGUUAUAAAUCAGUUAAACUGUACUAUUUCAGAUGAAAAUGCAUUACGAGUUCUUUGUAGAUUCCUUUCAUUGUUAGUUGCCAUGUACGGAAUAAAACAAACAAUUUGGUAUGCGAGAUUGUUUUGAAGUAUAGGAGUGUGAAUUUGGAUACA